CUGUGGCCGCCCCUGAAAGCUGAAUCUCCGCUGGGGGUGAAGCCAGCGGCUAAAUCUGUGUCCUCAGCCCCAUACAACCACCUGCAGUGCCAGCCGGGGCUUGGUGACAGCCUCUCUGAGCCGGGCCGAGGACGUCCCCAUGUCCCACCGUAAGUUCUCUGCUCCCAGGCAUGGCCACCUGGGCUUCCUCCCCCACAAGAGGAGCCGUCGCCACCGAGGGAAAGUGAAGACAUGGCCUAAGGAUGAUCCCAGCAAACCAGUCCACCUGACAGCUUUCAUGGGCUACAAAGCUGGCAUGACCCACACUGUGAGGGAGGUGCACAGGCCAGGGCUCAAGAUCUCUAAGAGGGAGGAGGUGGAGGCUGUGACCAUCAUCGAGACCCCCCCGAUGGUGGUGGUGGGGGUUGUGGGGUACAUUGACACCCCCAAGGGGCUGAGGAACUUCAAGACUGUUUUUGCUGAGCACAUCAGUGACGAGUGCCGGCGGCGCUUCUACAAGAACUGGCACAAGAGCAAGAAGAAGGCGUUCACCAAGUACUGCAAAAAAUGGCAGGAUGAGGAUGGCAAAAAGCAGCUGGAGAAGGAUUUUGCAGCCAUGAAAAAGUACUGCAAGGUCAUUCGUGUCAUUGCACACACACAGAUGAAGCUGCUCCCACUGCGUCAGAAGAAGGCCCACGUGAUGGAGAUCCAGCUGAAUGGGGGCACAGUGGCUGAGAAGGUGGAUUGGGUCCGGGAGAGGCUGGAGAAGCAGGUGUCUGUGCACAGUGUCUUCAGCCCCAAUGAGAUGAUUGAUGUCAUUGGUGUGACCAAGGGCCAUGGGAUGAAAGGGGUGACCAGCCGGUGGCACACCAAGAAGCUCCCCAGGAAGACACACAAGGGCCUGCGCAAAGUCGCCUGCAUCGGGGCCUGGCACCCGUCCCGAGUUGGCUACUCCAUUGCUCGGGCUGGCCAGAAGGGCUACCACCACCGCACAGAGCUCAACAAGAAGAUUUACCGCAUUGGCCGUGGGAUCCACGUGGAGGAUGGCAAGGUGGUGAAGAACAACGCCUCGACCCACUACGAUGUCACUGAGAAGACCAUUACACCUCUGGGUGGCUUUCCUCACUAUGGAGAGGUCAACAAUGACUUCCUCAUGCUGAAGGGCUGUGUGGUGGGCACCAAGAAGAGGGUACUCACCCUCCGUAAGUCCCUUCUGGUGCACACGAGUCGCCGGUCCCAGGAAGUGAUUGAGCUCAAAUUCAUUGACACCACUUCCAAGUUUGGCCAUGGACGCUUCCAGACAGCUCAGGAGAAGAGAGCAUUCAUGGGUCCUCAGAAGAAACACUUGGUGAAAGAGAAGCCAGGAGUGCAGGAGGAGCUGUAAGGACUGAGAUGCCAGGCUGCCUAACUCAAUAACCUUCAAUAAAAGGUUUCUGCAGCCUGUCUCCCUUC